GUGCUGUGCAUAAAUUUAAUCCCCGUACUACGCGCCUGCCCUCCCCCGUCGCUUGUCCGCGCCGGCGGCGGCGGCGGCCAGCAACGACGCGCGCUCCUCGUCGCUCGCGUUCGCGUACAUGUCCGCGAGGAGCUGCUGCGUGGAGGCGCCCUUGAGGUCGCCGUGCGCCAGGCGGGCGUCGCGGUCCGCCUUCCGCCGGUCGAGCGUGUCGUCCAGGGCGCUCCAGACGUCGCCGGGCGCCGCUUUGGCGAGACGGAGCUGGAUCCGGUCCCGCUUGAGCACCAACUUGCUCCGCGCGGCGUCCACGGGGCCGCACAAGUUGGAGACGACGAGUCGCCGCGUCUUCCCGGCCCGCGCGUGCGCGAGGGCAAAGCUCCGGUCGCCGACGUCGUGCGUCGUUUCGGCGGCGGUCGCGCCCUCGACGGGCACGUAGAGCGUCACGAACUUGUCCGUCUGGUCCCAGGAAUACGUUUCGAACUUCUCCAUUGCGGGCGCGGGCGCGGGCGGCGGCCCGGGAGCUGGCGCUCGCGCCGGUGGUGGCGCGGGAGCCGGCGCUCGCGGCGGCGACGGCGCGGGAGCGGGUGUCGCAGGUGGCGCGGCGCGAAGACGCGCCGCGUGACCCUCGCACAGCGCCGCGGCGUAGGCCGUGCGGGCCAACUUCGCCAGCGCCGCGAGGUCCGCGGCCACGGCCUUAGGCUCCUCGUUUCCGAUCUCUUGCUCGAAGGCCGCCAUCGUAAGAACAGCUGUUCUAGUUAAUGGGACAGGACGCCUGCUGCCUCCACAUGCUGUCCAGAGG